AUGACGAGCACGGAACGGAACUCGGACGCGGAGGCAUCGGAGGCAGUUGUAGACUGGAACAUCGAGUCAGAGCCAGAUAGCGCAUCCGAAGCAAGAGAUGGCGAGAGCUUAGAAAGGAUAGAAUAUGAAGACAGGUCGGUCGAUGUCACCAACUCUGCUGCCUCUCUUGAGGAUUUUCUGGAUGACGCUGACUCGAGCGAUUGUGGGCAGUCCACAAUGUUCUAUGCGGCGCUUGACAAUGCGCGGCGGGUACAGACUGACUCGGCGGAUUUGCUUAACGGCAAAAGGAACUUCCGCAUCGCAAGAAAAAAGAGAAGCCGCAACAAUGACGAGGGUGACGAUGGCGCAGAGCUCGCAAAGAGAAUAUCAGAACAGAAAGAUGAUGGGACCUUACGGAAAGCUGCUGAUAGCAAUGCAGAGCCUCCUCUGGUGCGUUGUUGCCGGGUAAAACUGUCAGCGCCGAGUCAGGAAGCGGAAGCUGGAGAGGAAGCAAACGAGUUGGGCUCCGAGGAUGGGGGUCAACCUGCCGAGUCAAAUGACCGGGAUGACGUUUGUACUGACGACGGUGACGACCCUACUUGGGAUUUGGCCUGGGACGAUGACUGUGAUUGGGAGGAAUUGCGCGCGUACUUCAGCGUCUGCCGCAUAGACCUCCAUGUUGGGGGCAAUUGCAGGGUUCCUGCGUCUCCGGUACCAAGCCCAGUGGGCGGGGCCCCGGCGCAGUCAAGGGCUGAGCCGACGCCGCCAAUCGACCCCAUCCUGGCUGCUGCUCAUUACUUCCACGGCCUUGGCGUAGUAACCGUCACUCACGACCUUCAGGAAAAGCUGCAAAAGAACGGCAAAGUCUGCAAAGCCCCCUCUCACUGGGCGUCCCCCAAAUCCUGGAAAGAGGCAAACCUCAGCAACUGCCUUUCCGAAUUUGCCAAGCCGGGGCGCAACUCUAUUGCCAUCAUUACAGAGGUGUCAGACAUCUAUGCUCUUGAUGUGGAUGUGAAGGACGUCGGCUUUAAAGCGCUCGAGCAGAUACUCAAAGAGCACGGGGGUUUCUUAGAAGACACGCCCCGCCUAACCACCGGGAAUGGAGGGCUACAUAUACUCUUUUCUCUCUCUCAGUCCGAGCAGGCCGGCCUGCGCAACUGCUGCAAUAGAGCCCGAAUUUGCUACAAGGGUCAAGCAGUGGGCAUCGAUGUGCGCGGAAAAGGGGGGAUGCUGUACACUGCACCCAGCAGCUAUGCGGCUCUUGAUGGCACGCUGCGGCGCUACGAGUGGGACCAGGAGAUCUUGCCUGAUCGCUCCAAUCUUAGAGCGGUGCCAGAGUGGCUCGUCUCCAUCCUGAACAACGACAGCGAGGCAACAAGCGGGGGUGUCAAGGUACCUCGGGAGGGGGGCAAAGCCAGCGAGUCGCAUGCUACAUCAUUUGGACCUCCUCGCGAGCUUGAAGAGUCUCAGCAGACCCCCCCAGCAGCAGUCUUGGAGCGCGUCAAAGCUUGCGUGGCGGCUACUGGUGACAACACCUCCCGCUUUGAUCGCCUCAAGGUGGGCGUCUCCGGGCCAAUGUACGUGUUCCGAGUGGACGGCCCUCGACGCUGCCCAUACGGCAAUCACCACGACGGCUUCAACAACUUUAGCGUGUUGGUACGCAAGAGGAACCUGCUCUAUUGCUGCAAUAGCUCGGAGUGCCAGGGUGUCCGUCCUUUACUAAAGAUUGGAGAGCUCACGCGCCCAGAGGCCAUGGCCGGCGGCGAGACCCAAGCUUUUCGUGCCGACCACGUCACUGCAAUAAACGCCCUGCACAAGAGCUUCGUUGAUCACUGGGCUUUUGAGGGCGAUGUUGGCGGCAGCAAAAUUGUUGCUGAGAUGUACGCAAGCUGCGGCAGGUUGUGCUUUGAUGGUGAAAGGUGGCACUAUUGGGACGGGCGGCGCUUUGCAGCGGAUGAGAAAAGUGCAUUCUUUGUGAAGACCGUUCUCAUCAAUCAGCUGAGGAUCGUCUACAAGCGAGUAAGGGACGAGUUGAGUGCAAUGAUUGAGGCAACCCGGGAGGAGGAACAGCGGGAGGCGCUGAAACAGCAGCUGAAGCACCUGCGCACGUACAACAAUAGCCGAGAGAUGGGCAGUACUCUGGAACUCGGGAUCGAAUACCCAACUCCGCUCGUUGAUGCUUUUCUAGGCGACAUCUUCAACCACGACUCUGAGCUGGUGGACUACGUUCGGAAGUUGUAUGGCUAUGCCCUGAAUGGAAACGGGAAGGGGGUACUGAAAGAGGUGCUGCAAGCUGCUACCGGUGAUUACUUCGGCGGCAUGUCUAAGGAUGCAGUGGUUACAGCCCCCGGCCAGAAAUCUUCCUCGAAGAACGCCCCUACCAACUACAUCUACGAGCUGAUGGGCGUGCGGCUUGCCGUCACCGAUGAGACGGCAGAGGGAGAACGAGUGGAUUUGGGGCUCCUCCUAGGAAUGACCGGCGGGGGUAAGACAAAGGCGCGUUGUCUGUAUGGAAAUAACGUAGAGUUCACCAUCACUCACACGCCCUUCGUCCAAACGAAUUACCCGCCCGCAAUGUCUGCAACCGCAAUCAAGGAGAACGUCCUGCGCCGCCUGCGAGUGAUCCCGUUUCCGAACAGCUAUGUUGGCGCCGACACCUUUGAUCCCAAUAAUGCAACCCACCGCCGGCGAGACGACGGACUCAAAGAUCGCAUGAAGGAGGAGGAGUCUCUUCGGCAAGUACUCUCGUGGUUAGCCCGCGGUUCGGUUGAGUGGUAUACUAGUACCGACGGGCUUGGGCGUCCUCCUCAAGCGGUGCAGAGUGCGACGCGUGAAUAUGUGACCGAGGCAGACAAAUUGCAGCUAUUUCUCGACCAGCAUUGUGCGUUCGGAGAGGGGCUUUCCAUCCUACAGGCCGAAUUUGCCACCCUCUAUCGCGAGUUUUCCUCAGAGAGGGUUUCAAAUGAGGAGUUGGCAAGGAGGAUGGAAAAGCAGGGGUUCAAGAGGCUCAAGAACGGAACGCCGCGACAAUUGUAUUAUCCAAAGAUAAGGUGCGAGUACACAUUCUGA